ACGGGAUCCAAUACUGCACACUGUGAUACCAGGAGGAAACCAAUCGAUCUUCGUUCAGAAAUUAAGUUUUGAUACGUCGACUGAAAGAUGAAGACCCUUGUGACUUUUACUUGCCUGUUGGCCGCCGUGACGAUCGUGCGCGGUAUGGAUCAGGACGCCGUAAUCGGAAAAUACAUGGAGUACUUGUUGCCGGAUAUCAAACCGUGCGCCGACGAGCUUAACAUCGCAGAAGACACUGCAACGAACAUCCAGCAACCGAAAGCUGACGCUGACAUCAGGAAAAUGGGUUGCCUGAAAGCCUGUGUGAUGAAACGAAUGAACGUGUUGAAAGGCUUCGAUUUCAAUAUGGAUCCGGUGUACAAAAUGAUAGAAACCGUCCACGCUGGCAACGACGAUGAUAUCAAAUUUGUGAAGGAUAUCGCAAACGAAUGCAGUGCUGGCACCAAAGGGGAAACAGACGAGUGCAACAUCGGUAACAAAUACGUAGACUGUUACAUAGGGAAGUUGUUCAACUAAUAAGACAGUCGACCAAAUAUCAUUCGUCGAAGGCUAUGAAGUUGUAAUCAUUCGAAUUACCACGUGUAGUACGUUUAAUAAAAUGAUGUAAGAGAUACA